UCCGCUGUAGCGCGAGCGAGACUUCUUUAGAAAAGUGAUUUACAGAGACAUGAAAGUGAGCCCAACUGUACAGAGGAAACGUUGAGAGCUCAUUCUUUCUUUUUUAAACAUUUUCUUUUCAUCCUAAGUUACCUGAGUUUAAAGCAACAUUAGUUCCCCUCUCCGGUUGGACACCGGGAUGCGCGCCGGUGGGGCUCUGCGGACUGAAGACGACCUGCGGUGAUGGGUCGGGCAUCGAGAUGAGGCGUGGGGGUGCCGGGGGCGCGCGAGCGGGUCUGGAGGCUUAAGGCAAGGCGGUGAGACGGGGUCGGGGCCGCCUCAUGUGUCGGGCCUCCUCUGUGUUCUGGCCCCCACCGACCCCCACCCUCCCAGCGUCAGUGGGAUGUCCCAGGUGUGUCUCCUCUUGGCCUUGCUUAUGCUCUGCAGCUGCACAAAGGUACGUCUCUCUCUCUCUCUCUCUCUCACACACAGAACCAGCGGCGUCUUUGAUUGGCAGCUGUGAACUGAAACUCAACACGAGGCGUCCUCCUGUAGGUCUCCUCUACUAACUCCCUGGAGCUUGUGAAGGAGCAGUGGAGCAGCUACAAGAACCAGUGCCUGAACUACCACAACGCCACGCCCCCCACAACAGGGCUGGCGUGUAAUCGGACCUUUGACCUGUACGCCUGCUGGCCUGAUGGACUCCCGGGGACCACUGUCAACGUCUCCUGCCCGUGGUUCCUGCCAUGGUACCGUAAAGUCCAGCAGGGUCUGGUCUACAGAUUCUGCAAUGAAGAGGGCCACUGGGCAAAAAAGAAUACCAGCGAGUGUGAGGACGACCCUGGUGAGCAGCAGUACGGCCGCAUCCUCAGUCAGUUACGGGUCAUGUACACAGUGGGCUACUCACUCUCGCUGGGAGCUCUGCUGUUGGCCCUGGGAAUCCUCAUCACCUUCAGCCAUGUCCAUCCUGGUGAAAGACGCCCUGCUGUCCCUCACGCUGGACCCCCGGAGCGGCAACGACAGCCGGACACAAGCGUGGGUCAACAUACCGGCUGUCACGUGGUGCCGCGGUGCCAUGGUGAUGAUGCAGUACAGCGUGAUGGCCAACAACUAUUGGCUGCUGGUGGAGGGCAUCUACCUGCACAGCCUGCUCGUCAUCACCGUGUUCAGCGAGAGGAAGUACUUCCACAUCUAUCUGACCAUUGGCUGGGGCACACCGCUCAUCUUCGUGCUGCCGUGGAUCACCGUGAAAUAUCUGUACGAGAACGAGGAGUGCUGGGAGAGGAAUAUCAACAUGGGAUACUGGUGGAUCAUCCGUUCUCCUAUCGUGUUUGCUUAUCUGAUUAACUUCUUCAUAUUCAUACGAAUUAUCAAAAUCCUGAUGUCCAAGCUCAGAGCCCAUCAGAUGAGAUACACUGACUACAAGUUCAGAUUAGCAAAGUCCACUCUGACUCUAAUUCCUUUACUCGGGAUUCACGCCAUCCUCUUCACCUUCGUCAUCGAUGAGUCCGUCCCUAAAGGCUCCAUGCUGCGCCUCAUCCGCCUCUUCUGCGACCUGCUGUUCAACUCUUUCCAGGGCCUGCUGGUUGCCAUUCUGUACUGCUUCGUCAACAAAGAGGUGCAGUCGGAGAUGCUGAAGAAGUGGAAGCGGUGGAAGCUGGGUAAGGACAUCGACGAAGAGUACCGCCACACCCAUAGCCACACGCCGCACAUCAGGAGCGGCAGCGUCGCCACCGGAAAUCUCCCCGAUAACCGCGACAACAACGACAACAACGCCAGCGACCCCGGCGGCGGCAACGACUCGGCUCGCUCCGCCGCGGCCGAGGAGAACCGCCGACUGGUCGUCUGCUACAGCAACGGGACGGGGAGAGGCGGGUCCGCCAAAAGCAGACACGCCCUGCAAUUCUCUUUCCUGCCACACAGAGGCGCCGCGACUCACGUGAGCACCGCCACGCAGGAUGUGCGCCUGGAGGCGAGAGCGCAGGGCAGCGCAUACCCUCUGGAGGAAGAGGAGACGAAUGUCUGACGUGCUCAGAGGCCGAAAACAACCCUCACUGAUUUUGAUCCUCGGGGUUUCAGAUCCAACAAGAGAAUUAGGAAGUAACCCACACGGAAUCAGGAUGUUUAAAAAAUGGUGUCUAGUGUGUGUGUGUGUGUGUGUGUGUGUGUGUGUGUGGUGUGGAGGACUGCUAUGUCCACACCAACCCCGCUCACAGCUUUCCAUCUGUAACCUUCUGCCGCGGUGGUUGCGAGCGUCGCGUCUGUCCGAUGCGUCAAAAAGAACUUCUCAAAAGUGUCAACUCUUAUUUUUUUCAUUUUUUUUGCGUACGUGAAACUGAAUGUGGACUUGAGCGUGCGCGACUCGGGAUGUCUUUGCUCAUCAGCACCGAGGGACACGCAGUUCAUGCCGAGGUAGACGACGCGUUCCUCUUCAGAGUCCGUGAUGUGUAACUUAUUCUGGUUUCAAAUGGACAAAAGCCAAACGAGAACAUAUUAAUAUAUCAUGAUUUUUACAUGAACGUCCACUAUUUCAUGCACAGUCCUUCACUUUUCCCUUUACCCUUUACUUCUGUUUGGCUUCUUUCAACAGCUUCUCCUGACUGAAUGUAUGUGAACAAUGGAGACGUUUUGGUGGUCAAUAUUUAAGUGUAUAUAUGUAAUUAGAAAUAUGCCAACAGCACCUGUAUUUAUCCAGCAAGGAGACUUCAAUUUAAUUCUUGAUUUGCCUCCUACACACACAUGUAGUCAAUUGGAUUAAAAGCAAUUUGACAACU